AUGGCGCAUAUAAAUCCCAGAAUGUGCAGGGAGCGGACAGAUACGACGAGAAGAUCUGCAAAGAUGAGAGGACAGACAAGAAGCUCUGCCAGCGCUGGGCUGCUUUUGCUGUUGGUCCUGACGGGUGAGUUCCUGGGCACAGCCUCUGGCGUGUGCAGCAGAGAGUUGGGUGAGAACGGAAUGGUGCACACAGACGGGCACAUAGGCAGGCUUGUUGGGGUGGGCAGAAUGGGAUGGCAGGAUAAGUGCCUCCGAGGACGGAGGGAUGAAAAGGGCAGCAGGGCACCACAGGGAAGGAUGCUCAGCCCGGGAGCCAAAACCAGGAUGGAAACCAGCUGGCUGAAAGUGGGCAGUAGUCCCAGGAAUAGCUGCUCCCACAAUAAAUCCUUAAGCACUUUCAGUGUCAUGAGACAUUCUGUUGUUUUUGCUGCAAGCCUGGCAAGAGAUAAUAAGAGCUGCCCUGCUUUAAAUAGGCAGGCAGAUGAUGGGCAAGAUAUAGGCAAGAUGAAUGGAUGGGAAGGUCAACGGAUACAAUACCUAAGGUGGUUGGCAACCCACGCUGGCUGGAGCUGACGAGAACUGGAGCACAAUAUCUGAAGGGCUACUGGUUUCCUAACCAUACUACAGGUCAGGAGGGGAGAAACUCGGACUUAGGGGGCCGAAUGCGGCCCUCCAGACCUCUCCAUGUGGCCCUUGGGCCACCUCACAGCUGGCUACACCUCUCAGCAGCCCUGCGGUGUGCCUUCCUUAAAUGCUUUUGCUUGGGUAGAGGAUGGUGCAGCAAGGCAGUAUAGAAACCUCUGGUUUGUGUGUGGCUGGAGUGGACCCUGCUGUACAAAAGUAAUCACCUGUGGCCCUUGGAAGGCUGCCAGUGAGGGAAGGUGGCCCUCUGGCUGGAAACGAUUCCCUCACCGCUGCUGUCGAUCAAUCUUCUGUUAAUGGCGCAAGGCGUGGAGAGGAGUUAUAUUUUACGAAAAAAUAAUUAUUGGCAACUCUGCAGAGGUUUUGAGGAAGGAAAGACUUCCUCCAUUCACUGUGUUGCAACGUAAGUGGGGCAAUGGUGGCAGUGAUGGUGGUGGUUGUGGUGGUUGUGGUGGCGAGGAGCUUUCCCCUCCUCUGAUUCACAGAUGAACUUAAGGCAAAGGGCUCAGGAAGACAAAGAUUGGGGGUUGGUGGGAGGUUGGGUUGCACUUCCCCUUCCCCUUAUUGUGACUGAUCUCCUGCUCCUUGUGACAGCUGGGCAGCAAGCCUUCCUUCAUUAUUCCUUGCAUUGCCACCAAAGUGCUGGCAUCUAAGCCACUGGUGGCAAUACCUGCAACAAGCCACUCGUCAGAGCUGCUUUGCCUGAAAUGAAGAGAUUUGGCCAAUAAAGCUUUCUCCAGCAUGGAGGCACAGUGAUGGGGGGAAACUGCAGUCUUCAAUUUGGGCAGGGGCUGCUGCCCCAGUUCCAGACACGAGGGGUGAGAUGCCACUGAAAGCGACAGAAGUUUAAAGCAACCAAGAAUCUUUCUAGUUAUUGCUUAUUGCUGUGAACCGCCCUGAGAUCUUUGGAUGAAGGGCAGGAUACCAAUUAAAUAAAAAUAAAAGAAUUGUAAGCUUUCACGAGCUAUACCUGACUUCAACAGAUGCAUGGACCGUAAUCCUCAGCGAAAAAGGAAAUAUGUCAAAGUCUGUUAGACAGCCGAGGACCAUGAAAGUUUAUACACAUAGGGGCGUAGAACAUGGGGGUGCAGAAACAGGAGUUAAAUGGCAAUGGAGUGCAAAAAGGACACAGCCUGUGAAAUAUGUCAGCUAGAGCUAAAAUGUACAUGAAAUAAGCACAGCUGUCCUUCUUAAGAGUUGUAACUGGUGAUAACACUGCCAUAUUUGCAUUACUAAGCAAUUUAACAUCUGUAGUAGGACAGGGAACUAUUGCCUCUACUGAGACUCAGAUAGGAUCGAACUUGUUGAUAAGUUGCAAUUCAGCAGCUUCCUGCCGGAGUUUCCCCUUUGAAGCUCCUUUGGUCAAGGAUGGCCAUUCAGUUACUCAUCAUCAUCAUCAUCAUCAUCAUCAUUUAUUUAUACCCCGCCCAUCUGGCUGGGUUUCCCUAGCUACUCUGGGCGGCUUCCAGCUAAAGAUUAAAAUCAUGACAAACUUCUCACAUUGAUUUCAGUGGGAUCUCAGUGUGACUAAGGACUAGUUGGUUAGUUGGUUCGAUGGGUAUAUAUGAAGACAAGAUGGAAUAAUAAUAAUAAUAAUAAUAAUAAUAAUAAAUUUUAUUUAUAUCCCGCCCUCUCCAGCCGAAGCCGGGCUCAGAGCGGCUAACAAUAGUAAAAUGAUACAACAUUCUAAAAUCAUUUCAUUAUAAAAUUAAUUCCAAUCAGAUUAAUGGCAACCAUUGGGCUAGAGUUCUGUUAGGAUUGCCAAAGGAGGGAGUCAGGCUGUGCCACCUCAUUUUGGCCUAGCAAUUGCAGGUGAUGAACCUGCGACCUUUCUAGAUGUUGUUGGAGAACCAUAGAUUUUUCAUUCCUGGCUAUUGAUACUGUUGGGGUGGCCACACUUUGCCUUUAAAAGCUGUGUCAUGGGCAUGUUCAACAUCUCCCUGCACAGAGUUUGGGGAAGUUUGUUCCCUGUUGAAUUUUGGCCUGCCAUGGAGUCAUUAAAACCACAGAACCCAUGUCAGGAAAAACAAGAUCUCAGCCUCAUCCAGGUCAGUUGAUGCAAGACUGGUCACCCAGCCUCCUCUUUCUCUGCAGGAAGUUCUCCUUUGCCCCUCAAAGCCCCAGAAGCUAUUUGUUGGAAAAUGUCUGAAGAUGAGAACAAACCCAAAUAGAUAACAUGUGGCUUUGUGCCAAAAUAAUGUGGUCAACCCUGUUUUUUAAAAGAGAGUCCAGCCUUUCUCCCUGGGAAAGGUCAGGUAACCAAGAAGGAUCUCAAACACAGACACACACAGUUUGCUAGCUGUAUAACCUGUUUUUAAAUUCCAGAGGUCAAACCUGCAGCUAAGAUAAAAAAGCAUCAUCCCUGUACACUUCCAUAUCAUCAUUCUCCACCCAAAUCUGGUAUUAGAUUAAAAGGGCUCUCUGUAUUUUAAUAUUUCAGCUCAAAAGUCAAAGGUUGCCUUGCACAGAGAGCAGGGGCAUUGUUGGGGGUUGCCCAGGAGGCCUAAACCCCAAGUCUUUUGCCCUGGCCCCCAGAUCCCCUGUGCACCAGACAUUUAAAGUGCAUUACUCUCCCACCCCCCCAAAGAGUCCUGGGACUGGUAUUUUGUUCAGGGUACUGGGAAAUACAGCUCAGUGGGGAUAAACUACAAUUCCCAGGAUUCUUUUGUGGAGGUGCUUUAGAUGUAUGGUGUGCAGACAGAGAGAAUAGUUCCUGGAUCCCCUUGAUUUCUGUGGUGGAUCAAAGUGUUCCUCUGAAGUCACUGGGUACUCGUAGCAAUCCCAGUUCCCAAGAACAGAAUGACAGCUGAGGUGGGGCUAAAGGCGCCAACAGUCUGGCCUCUUGUGCAAAGCCUAAUUAUGAUAAGCUGGUACAUUAUAAAUAGCUGUGUUCCAAAUUGUUGUGAUAAGGAACAGGGUGGCUUCUUUCCUUUCUUUCCUUGCCUCUUCCCUCCUCCAUUCCAAGGAAAUGCCUGGCACACAGCUGUACAAAACAAUUCGGCAGAGGAGAAGUGUUGUUUACCUCACUCUUGGGCGGUCUUCCCAGGCCUGCUCAGAUCCAGUUCAGUUCCAGGCAGCUGCUGCAGGUGUCCCUUGCCAGCAAAAUUUAAAUAAAAUUGGGAAACACUCGCACAAAAUUGGCAUUCAUCAUUAUUUGCUUGCGCAUCUUCCCAUUAAUCAAUCGUUGAUCCCACACUUUUCUCAUCACAGUUGUGUGUAUUGUUGUUUUUAAAUGUGUUAUAGUGAUAGGCUAAGUCAAGAGAGACCUUUCACUCCUGGAAUUGUCAAACCUAAAGCUACAGGAUGCACUUGAUUCCCUCCUGCAAAAUGGUGGCAGUCUGGAGGGAGCGAAAAGGUGCCACUUGAAGUUCUAGAUAGGGGAAAUAGUUAAAAAAUAAAUUAAAAAAUCCAAAUGCCCUGCAAAGGGAAAUCAAGCAUAGCAGGCUAGAUGGAACCUGCCUCCCUCAGUCGCUAAAUUUUAACCUGCAUAGGGGGUGUUGGCUUUAAAAACAAAGGCAUAUGGGAGAGUAUUUUAAAAGCACGCUUGACCCCAGCUCCUCACAAGCAAAGAGCAAUCCACUGUACCAUAUCAGAUCUCAUAUAACUACAUGCGUCAACCAGCCUGGAUUAAAAAACCAGGAAAUGGUCCUAAUCUGGGUGAAGGAUGUUGACCUUGUGUUAUGUGGCAAACUACAUAAACAAACACUGCUCAUUCAAAAUUGGAGGGAGAUUGCCGUUUCCUCUUUCCUGGGGAAAAUUUUCGACCGGGGACAGUGUUGCUUCAGGAAAUUGACCCUGGGCAUUAGGCGCUGGCUGAAUCACUGUUUGCUAGAGAGCUUUGCUUUCUCUCAUGAGAGUGCAUCUGACUCAUGAAGGGCCAGGAAACAGUGCACUGGAAUGAGAUAAGGACUGUCAUAAUCUCAUCAGCCACAGUCUCCUGGAUCUUCAACAGCUUUAGAGACCAGAGGAGACGCAGGCAUGGACUGCAUGGACUGUCACUCAUUUCUAGGACUGUUCCCAGCAUUGAAGUAGCAAAGCGUGAAAAGGAAGCUGUGGUGGAAACCAUCAUGCAGGUCCUACCAGGCCUGGAAGAAUUUCUAAGCAGGGAUGGGGAGCCGGUGGUCCUCCAGGUGUGUGGUUGGACUCCCAGGUCCCAUCAGCCGCAGCCAGCAUGGCCAAUGGUCAGAGACGGAGGGAGCUGGAGUCCUGCAAUAUCCGAAGAGUCACAAGUUCUCCAUCUCAGCUCUUGAGGGCUUCAGCCUGGCUAGGUGGGCCCCUGUGCAGAAAGAAGCUCAGUAGUGGCUGAGAUGUUAAGGGAGCAGGGUGGCAAAAUAAUGGAUGGAGACAAAUAUUGCUAAUUGCUGCAGAUCAUUUGUGGCUGUUUGAGGCCAGUUAUGCCUUGCGCUAAAGGGGGAAGGGGGAACCAAUCUGCACUGAAUUUGCAUGUGGUAAUUUGUAUGCACGUUUAGAAAUAAUUACUUGUUGUAUCUUGGUGAUAGAUACGUCUUUGUGUGCUUGCUCAGUCUGGUGACCAGGUGUUCUUAACUGUUGUUGGGCAACUUCAAGGCUCCUGAUCUCCCUUUUGAUGGUUUCUUGCCUUUAAAGCAGACUUGGACUGGACAGCCCUCAAUCAGAGGGCACCUUCCAACAGGGGAUAGUCCUCUGGUAGCCCUUCCAGACAGAAAACUGUACUUUGUAAAGAGGGGUGCUUACCCCUUAUUUAACAUGCAUGCCACUAAAGAGGGCAGCUGAAGGAUCGGAAAGCCAAAGCAAAGAGCCAGUUCCCCCAUGGAUGUUUUAGGAAAGGUCAGGAAGUCCCCUCUUGCAGAAUCAGUCUUGUGAAAUUGUAGCCCAUCCGCUAACAUUGCAAGAUACUGGAAACUGACGGUUGCAAAAAUGUGCAGCCCUUCUGAUGGCUGGCUAACAGAUGGCUUGUGGCUUAUCACCAUUCAUGUUGCCUUGACGGCCGUUGGAAUAAACUCACUCAUUCAGCUGCCAGUUAGUGAUCAGGUGGACAAAGCUAAGUGGACAAGGCACCAGCAAAGGGGAUCCAUGCCAGAACCAUGCCUGGGAGUGAAAUAAAAAUAUUUGCGAAAAACCACAAAAAGCAGAAACCUGUUUUUAAAAGAAUAGUGUCUCUCCCUGCCCUGCUGGAGUUUCGGAUUACCACUCCCAUCAUCCUCAUCAGCUGUGCUAGCUGGUUCUGAUGGGAAUUGCAAGCUGAAACAUCUGGAAAUCACCAGAUUUGUGAAGGCUGCUCUGCAUUCUUGCUGGCUUUGCAUAAUGGACAGUGAUGGACCGCAGGGGGAAAACAUAAAAAAAACCCUCAACCAUUUUUCUCUUUCCACCAGGUCUUCAGCAAGGAUCAUCUGCCCAAGGUAUGUGCCCUGAACUUAGAACUUUUCCUUAUUCUGUUCUGUUCUUUUUUAUUUUAUUUGUUUUAAAAUUCCACUGUAACUAGCCCUGUUAAAGAUCAUAAUAUGUUUUUUAGAGUCUCAGAAGAAAAGAAAGACAACAGGUGGUUGUCCGAAGGAGCUUGCAAUCAGCAGCUCUGGAGAGAUGAAACUUGUCCUUCUUAUUUGGCAAUUUGAUUACAUAACGGGCUGAAAAUAUCUUAAAUGAUUCACAAGAGAUGAAUCUGAGCAAAGGGAGUCACACUUCUGUGUGGCUUCAGAGCUAUUCAGGAAGUUGACUAAGGGGGUUAGAACAGGGUUGGGAAACCUCGGGCCUGGGGGCCGCACAACCCCUGUUGGUUGGACCAAUGGUUUUGCAAAAAAGAUGGAUUAUAAACGAUGCGCAAAAGGGCAAAUCUGCCAUGCAAACUUGUACCACUUUCAGUUCUCCAAAAGAACCCUAGGAGCUGUAGUUUGAGAAGUGAUGGGAGGGAUGGUUCUUUGUCAGGGAAUCUUCACAUAAACAUUAUUCCCUGAGAAGAGGCAACAGCUAUAAGAUCCACUUAAAACUGCUAUUCUAAACGCUCUUACUAAGGAGCAAGCUUCACUUAAUGCAGUGGGACUUAACCUCUGGCUAAUUCAUGCGUAGGGUUGCAUUGUGAGUCGCUAGCUAUAGAUCUGCUGUCACGACAGGUAUGUCUAUAUGGUGUGUGUGAGUCACCUUGCUCUCUGCUUUCCCCCCAGCACUAAAAUGUGGCAUUCAAAAGCCCGUUAUCCGGCUAGCAGGUGGACUGGAUGCCCGGCGUGGCGAGUGGCCAUGGCAAGUCAGCCUCCAGUACCGCGGAGAGCACUUUUGCGGCGGAAGCCUCAUUAACGAGAGAUGGGUCCUGACUGCGGCCCACUGCUUCUAUGAGUAAGUCAAGAUGGAGUGCCCCCUCUUGGUACCCACGGGAACUGCAUCCUAAAAGGCAUCCAGCAUUUUUACCCUUAUGUCUCCGAUUGGAGGGAGUCUGUAACCACCUGCAAUUUUUCCAAGUACAGUCGUACCUUGGUUGUCGCACGGAAUCCGUUCCAGAAGUCUGUCCGACUUCCGAAAAUGUUCGACAACCAAGGCACAGCUUCCGAUUGGCUGCAGGAGCUUCCUGCACUCCAUCGGAAGCCGUGUCAGCCGCGUCAGACGUUCGUGUUCCAAAGAACGUUCGCAAACUGAAACACUCACUUCCAGAUUUGUGGCAUUCAGGAGCCAAAACUUUUGAGUCACAAGGCAUUCAGGAUCCAAGAUAUGAUUGUACUUGUGUUAGAAAACAAACAAAACAAAAAUGUUUUGAUUGCUUUAAAAAGUGCCUUCAUUGAAACACCCUGCAGAAUUCUUUUUUUUUAUAAAAAAAUAGUUUUAGCCUAUUAAACAAACUGAUCGACAAAACACGGCAACCCUAAUAUUUAUAGAUCUGUCAUCAUUAUCAGUGUUUUCCGUGGUUUUAAGCUACCGUAUCCAAAGCGAGGUUAUUGCUAUAUACAAAUACUUUUAAGGCGUUGUAAUAUCCCCACAACAUGGAUGGGAAGCUGAAACAGAGAGAGGGGAAUUGCUGAGGCUACCUCAUUAAGGAAAGUAAGAAGCAGGGCUUUUUUCCAGCUGGAACUCAGUUCCAGCACACCUCAGGUGGACGCCAUUGCCAUUAUAAGAGAACUAAGGGGACGUGGGUGGCGCUGUGGGUUAAACCACAGAGCCUAGGACUUGUUGAUCAGAAGGUCGGUGGUUUGAAUCCCUGCAAUGGGGUGAGCUCCCGUUGCUCGGUCCCUGCUCCUGCCAACCUAGCAGUUCGAAAGCACGUCAAAGUGCAAGUAGAUAAAUAGGUACUGCUCCGGCAGGAAGGUAAACAGCAUUUCCAUGCGCUGCUCUGGUUCGCCAGAAGCGGCUUAGUCAUGCUGGCCACAUGACCCGGAAGCUGGGUCCCUCAGCCAGUAAAGCGAGAUGAGCGCUGCAACCCCACAGUCGGCCAUGACUGGACCUAAUGGUCAGGGGCUCCUUUACCUUUACCUUUAAGGAGGUGUUUGUGGUGAGUUCCAGCACCUCUCCCAAAGGUUUCAGCCAGGGAGUCUUUUCCAGACCUACCUGGAAAUGCCAAGGUUUGAAACUCGGCCCUUUUGCACGCAGACCCCAUGUUCUGCCUCUCAGCCAUGGCUCUUCCCUUAUUAACUUGCAGCUGAGGUGAGGUUUAAACCUCCGCUGGAGCUUCCAAGUUACAACACACGGCAGAAGUUGAGACAAAAAGAGACUGGCGGGUAGGAAGGGGGUCAUUGCAUCAGCUCGUGAACAAAGCAAGCAAGGGGCCCAUGCGCCCAUUCUGCAGAUUCAAGAGUGCACUGCGAGAGAUUCUCAAACACGGCUCUUUCUCUUUUCCUCCAGGCUGGGAAUCAAAAUCUGCGCAUCUGACUGGAAAGUGGUGCUGGGCCGCGUGAGACUGACAGGCAGGUCUCAAAGGGGGCUGGAACGCAACGUCUCUGACAUCAUCCCUCACAAGGACUACGUCAAUUACGACAAAGGCGAUGACAUCGCCCUGGUGCGCCUCAGCGAGCCUGUGAGCUACAGCCGGGACAUCGCUCCCAUCUGCCUGCCGUAUGCCAACCACCGAUUUGCCUUCGGGACGCAGUGCUGGCUGAGCGGCUGGGGAGAAGUCGCCAAUAACGGUGAGUGAGGAACGGGGGUCUCUCUGGUCAGAGGGGGAGGAGCACAUGGGUCUUGCUUCUGUGGUUGAGCUGGGGGUGCAGAAGGUUCCAGGAUUGGCCCUACCAGCUCUGCUUAAAAGGAUCAGGCAGCAGGUAGGCCUGGGAGAAGGAGUUCGAUUCAGCUCACAUCUAUCAAACCCAUGCUUUCUGAAACUAUACGGGAACCAAAACCGCAGCCAUCCUUUGAAACGUGUGCUUAUCCAGACUUUGCAAUAUGGUUGCGCAACCAUAGAACCUUUACCGAAAUGCGUGUGUUCGGGGGGGGGAUGUGCAAUAAAACGGGAAUAUAUUGGUGAAAAGAACGUGCAAAAGUGCACGACGUUAGGAGAAAUUGCUUGCAAAAAAUGAGACAAAACUGCAUACAAAAAUGUGUGUGUUGGGAUAAAUUCACACUGAGAUGCUGAAGAAUUUUCAGGAGGAUUUUUAAAAGGAGAAAUUCACAAAUUGAUGCAGAAAUGUAGAGAAGUGAAUUUAAGACUGUGGAAAUAAGAAGCUGAGAGAAUGGAGAAAUGACAGAUUCUUCCAUCCCUAGACUGCCUGGUGAUGGAAAAGGGCCCAUCCCUGAGAGCCACUGCCAGUCAGAGGAAGCAAUACUAGCCUAGGUGGACUGAGGGUUCUACAUAAGGCAGGUAGCUUUUUGCAUUCCUGAUUCAGGUGCUGGCUUCACCAGGCCUUAUGGGAAGGGCCAUAGUUCAUCAGCAGAGCAUCUGCUUCACAUGCAAAAGGUCCCAGGUUCACUCUAUGGCAUCUCCCAGUAGGGCUGGGGAUGUCCCCUGGGGAAAUCCCUGGACAGCUGCUGCCAGUCAGUGUGGACAAUACUGAGACAGAUGGAGCCAUGGUCUGCCUCCGUAUAAGAUUGAAUGGUGGUUUCAUCAGAUCUUUGGCAGUGUGUGUGAGAGACCUGUGAUUAGGGGCCAACCAACAUGAUCAGGGGUUGCUAUAAUCAUCUUCUGCCCAGCUGCCUGGGACCACCUAAUAAUAUUCUAACUGUGCCCCUUGCUCCCCUCCAGUCACCCUGCCGAAACCCAUGAACCUCCAGGAGAUGACUGUAGACCUGCUGACCAGCGACACCUGCAACUGCAUCUACAGCAACCUACGCAACAGGAGGAUCGUCAGCCCAGCUCGGCCCGGCAUGGUCUGUGCCAUGACUCCUGACCGCAAGAGGGGUCCUUGCAAGGUCAGCAAAAGAGGAGUGAAACUGUCAAAGGAAGGAUGUGGGUGGAGUUGUGCUUCCCAACAAGACAGGCCCUGCCUUGCAAGAUCAGGCCUAAAUGCUUUACGUUUCAAGCAACUUCGUAGCCCCUACAGACAUGCAAAUAUGAGUUUGUGAGUAAUGCCUGGAGAAACAUCAGAAGCCAUCUGGCAGCUCAGCAAGGCUUCCAAUAGUGAAGGGGUGCUGCUGCUUCAGGGCAUGGUAUAAGUCUCCACCUCUCCACCAUCACACUGGCUAGCAUAGAUAAAACACAGAACCAUCAAGAGAGUGGGUGCAACAGCACAUCCCCAUGCAUUUAUAUGCAGAAACAAGUAUUAUUUCAGGGAUGGGGAACCUGUGGCUCUCCAUAAGGGUUGCUGGGCUCAAAGUUUGGGCACUUUCUCCCUGACAUGCACAACAUCAUUGUGCAUUCCCCAUUUUCCCAAGUAUGAUUGUGCUGGAAUUAGAGCGACCAGUUUUAGGCUGCAAUCCUCCACCCCAUAUAUCUGGGAGUAAAUGUCAUGGAAUUGAAAAGGACUUACAUCUGAGUGGGGCUGGAGGCAAUGCUAGUCUUACUUAGAGUAGACCAUUGAAAUGAAUGAACACAAUGACCUUGGGUCCAUUUGUUUCAAUGGGUCUACUCUGUUUAGCAUUGGAUACAACUCUAUUUUUUUUUCCUUUUGAGGGCAGAGCAGUGAAGACUAGUGAUUGUCUUCACCAUGUCUGGCUAAUUGACAAAUUUUAUUAUUAUUAUUAUUUAUUUAUUGAAUUUCUAUACCGCCCUAUUCCCGGAGGUCUCAGGGCGGUUCACAGAAAGGAUCACAGAAGCCCAGCUCUAUCCAUUAGCUGCCACUGGCGAAAAAUAAGCCAACCCCUCUGGGCCAUUCACUAGUGAAACCAGCAGCCAGCAGCCAGCAGAGCAACAAAACAUUAUGCACACCUGUGUUACAAAGCUCCUCUUUCCACCCCAGGGCGAUUCAGGUGGCCCUCUGGUCUGCAUGGAGGAUGGCUAUUGGUUCCAGGCAGGGAUCUUGAGUUUCUCCAUGGGCUGCAGACAGUUCUUUGGCCCCACCAUCCUGACCGACACCGCUUUCUACGCCGACUGGAUCAAGCGUUAUGUCGAAAACGCCACCUUUGCCAACCAGCCCGAACCCCGGCCCAAUACAACCGACAAGUACAUGUGCACAGGUAUGGGUCUUUACCUAGGAUUGCUGCAACUAUAUGGUUUCACAGCAUGGGUUGGGAAGUCUGUGGCCCUUCAGGACUGUAUUGCUAGGUCUCCAAUUCCCAUCAGCCCAAGCCAGCGUGGCUCCUGGUCAGGGAUGGUGGGAGCUGUAGCCUAGCAACAUCUGAAAGCAUAAGAUUCUUCUUAUGUUCUUCUGACACCAUGUUUUCCUCUGCACCGGUUUCCAGGCUGCGGGGUGAUGAAAGCAGAUAGGCCUGGCGGAGGGGCAGAGGGUCUCUGGCCCUGGUAUGUGAGCCUUCGGCACAAGGGUCAGCACGUCUGUGGAGCCACCUUGAUCGCUGAGGACUGGGUCAUCACCUCUGCACAGUGCUUCAUUGGGUGAGUGGAGAUUGCAUGGGCAAAGUUUUCCUGGUGGUCUCUGGGCAGGAGAAUGUGACAUCCUGUGUCAUGCUAGCCUACUUUGGAUUCUUGUUGAUGGCAUCUUCUUCUGCAGCAGCUUCUAUAACCUUCAUGACUUCCCCCAUGGCUGAAACUGCUUAUGAUGGGGUGAGCAGAGAGCUGGAUUUUCCCCUCUCUUGCCAUUCACUGCUGGUUUUGACUACUCUCUGCAAUAUGUUAUUUAGCGUUCUUUUAGGUAAGAUAUUCUGAAACAAUCAUAACAUAAUAAUUAAGGGAACCGGGCAUCAUUGAUUCAGGCUGUGGAAUAAACCACCCUGAGUGGACUUCACAAUAAAUCAAUCCAGUUAAGGGUUUCUCUGCCUGAAAGCCAGGAUGUUGAUGGCCUUCUUUUUUGGCUGCUCUAUCUUUUGUUAACAGCCAGAAAAAUCUCAACAGGUGAAGCUUUCUCCAGUCAAUUUCAGUUGUUGAAUUUCUGCCCAAUGCCCAGCUGUUAAAGGUACACAGCAGCCUCCCAGUGGGAAAAAGGCAUGGCAUAUUCUGGCUGCAGAGUGCAGAAAGUUAAUCCCACUUAGUCAUAUAGACAGUAUUUGGUAUGUCUUGAAAGCUCAAUGACUGAGGGUGUGUAGAUGCAGUGUAAAGGUAAAGGGACCCCUGACCAUUAGGUCCAGUUAUGACCGACUCUGGGGUUGUGGUGCUCAUCUCGCUUUACUGGCCGAGGGAGCCGGCGUACAGCUUCCAGGUCAUGUGGCCAGCAUGACUAAGCUGCUUCUGGCGAACCAAAGCAGCACACGGAAACGCCGUUUACCUUCCCGCCGGAGCGGUACCUAUUUAUCUACUUGCACUUUGACAUGCUUUUGAACUGCUAGGUUGGCAGGAGCAGGGACCGAGCAACGGGAACUCACCCCGUCAUGGGGAUUCGAACCGCCAACCUUCUGAUCGGCAAGUCCUAGGCUCUGUGAUUUAACCCACAGUGCCACCCGUGUCCCUAUGUAGAUGCGGUGUAGAUGCAGUGUAGUAGCUAAGAAUUUUGAAUCAGGGCAUCCCCAGGUGAAAUCUCUCCUCUGCUGGGUGCAUUGGGUAGGUGGCCUUAGGCAAGCUCCUGCAUCUCAUGUGUGGCAUGCGGGUGAGGAGGGGUUACCUCACAGGACUGUUGUAAGCAUUCACAAGAUAAUAUUUGUGAAGUGCUUCGUGCAUUCGACAUUGCUCUGCGAUACUCAAGUAGUAUUAUUACACUCAAGAGUCCUGGCUCCCCUAAUUGCUGACUGCGGCCUCCUGGACCUGUCUUGGUUUGUGCAAAACAUAUCAAGGCCAACCAAGUCCAUGAAAAUUCUGCAACCCAAAUGCAUGCUUCAAUUCCUCCUGUCUUCUGUUUGUCAGGCUCCAGGAACCGGAGGGCUGGGAGGUGCUGCUGGGUGAGCAGCGGGAAGCGGGCGAGCAGACGUGGCAGGAGAAGAGGGCCAUCCAGCAGAUUGAACUCCACGGUGCCUAUGUGGAGGCGAAGGAAGGUCACGACAUUGCGAUGGCCAAGCUGUCCCAGCCUGUGGUGUUCAAUGACAGAAUCCGGGCCAUCUGCGCCCCGUACGCCAACCACCAGUUCCCCUUUGGCUCUACCUGCUGGACCCGCGGACGGAGAAUCGGUAUGUCGGGGAGGAGCAUGGUGUGACUGUGCAAGAUUAUCUUAUUUAUUUAUUUUUUAUUUAUUUAUACAUACCCCGCCCAUCUGGCUGGGUUUCCCCAGCCACUCUGGGCGGCUCCCAGCAGAAUAUUAAUAAUAAUAAUAACAAAAAAGUAAUAAAACAUCAAACAUUAAAAGCUUCCCUAAACAGGGCUGCCACGGCUGUCUUCUAAAAGUCAGAUCGGGGUAGGCAACCUAAGGCCCAUGGGCCAGAUGCAACUCAAUCGCCUUCUCAAUCCGGCCCAUGGACGGUCCGGGAAUCAGCGUGUUUUUACAUGACUAGAAUGUGUCCUUUUAUUUAAAAUGCAUCUCUGGGUUAUUGUGGGGCAUAGGAAUUCGUUCACCCCCCCCAAAAAAAAUAGUCCAGCCCACCACAUGGUCUGAGGGACGGUGGACCAGCCCACGGCUGAAAAAGGUUGCUGACCCCUGAGUCAGAUAGUUGUUUAUUUCCUUGACAUCUGAUGGGAGGGCGUUCCACAGGGUGGGCGCCGCUACUGAGAAGGCCCUCUGCAUGGGUGGGGAAUCCUUUCCUGCCAAAAAGGACCACCUUCUCUCUCUUCCAGAAGCCACAUGUGGGUGGUGGGCAGGGCCAGAAGCUAAAACGAGCAGAGGAACAAAUGUUUAUUUUGCCCCUGUGCAUUAAGGGUUGCUUCUGCACAUGCUCACACAUCCCACUGGACUCUUCAUCUAGGCAGGCAAGAAGCACCAUCUGAGUUCCAGUGCGCAUUCUAGGCAGGCAUGAAUAUGCAAAGCAGGGCUAGUGAGGAGGCGUGGCCUGGGGGAGAGUCCCUUGCAGGCUUGAUGGGAGAGGACUGGAGGGCUGCAUUCUGAGCCCUGGGCCUUAGAGUCCCUCUUAGAUUCUGCCAGGGUUAAAGGGAUGGGGGAAAGUGCCACAGUCUUAGGGAGGGGGGACUGGUGACUUGGAGCAGCUACCGAGACCACAUAACACCGGUCUUGAAAGACCUACAUUGGCUCCCAGCAUGUUUCCGAGCACAAUUCAAAGUGUUGAUGCUGACCUUUAAAGCCCUAAAUGGCCUCAGUUCAGUAUAUCUGAAGGAGCGUCUCCACCCCCAUCGUUCUACCUGGACACUGAGGUCCAGUGCCGAAGGCCUUCUGGCGAUUCCCUUGCUGCGAGAAACCAAGUUACAGGGAACCAGGCAGAGGGCCUUCUCAGUGGUGGCGCCCACCCUGUGGAACACCCUCCCACCAGAUGUCAAAGAGAACAACUACCAGACUUUUAGAAGACAUCUGAAGGGAGCCCUGUUUAGGGAAGCUUUUAAUGCUUGAUGUAUUACGGUAUUUUAAUAUUUUGUUGGAAGCCACCCAGAGUGGCUGGAGAAGCUCAGUCAGAUGGGCAGGGAAUGAAUGAAUGAAUGAAUGAAUGAAUGAAUAAAUAAAAUAAUUAUCCCUGGCAUGGCUUACCAACUCAUGAUCUUUCCAUCUUUAUCUAGAUGGCAAUUUGAGUUUUCCGGGCAGCGUGGAGAUCAAACUCCUUGGCCCCAAGGAAUGCAACUGCAUCUAUAACAAGACCAGCGACGUGGGGGAAGAGAUCCCCAUCACCUCUCAGAUGAUGUGUGCCACGCCCAGUAAAAGCAACAUGCGCUGCCAGGUAAGGGGAGGUCAACACCUCUUGUGCUGGAAGGAUGUUGAAACAGAUGGGGGGGGGAUAUGGUCAGUUAUAGCCAAAUCAUCCCACAUUUUGGGUACUAAAUAUCACCUCUCCCUUCCACUGAGCUCAUGGCACAGCCUGCCAGGAUGGUCCCUGUUGUGUCUUUCUGCAUGUGUCAGCAGCAGCAGUGCUUUAUGGCAGGGUGCUUUGUGGCAGAACUGCUCAGAUGGCAGUUUUGCAGCAGUUUUGCAGCACUCUGAUUCAGCCCUAUGUAUACCCUGUUUCCAUGCAGUAAUCACAUGAGUUGCAAGAUCCUCCCUCUAAGGCAGCCUUUCUCAACCUGUGGGUCCCCAGAUGAUGUUGAAUUACAAUUCCCAUCACCCCUAGCUAGCAAGGCCAGAGCUCAGGGAUGAUGGGAGUUGUAGUACAACAACAUCUGGGGACCCACAGGUUGAGAACCACUGCUCUAAGGUAAGGUUACCAGAUUUUUUUCAAUGAAUCCAGGGACACUUUUCAACUUCAAUGGAUUUUGUCAGGGGACUGAUUUGUAAAUCCGGAGACUGUCCCUGGGAAACGGGGACAUCUGGUAACCUUACUCUAAGGAGGUGAAUUAAAUUAGGGUCUCCAAGGUUUGCCCUUUUUUUAAUUGCAGGGUUCUAACUUCCAUCACUCCCAACAACACAACAGGUCUUUGCUACACACUUCUGAUGUCUCCAGUUUCGUGUACAGUUCAUAAAAAGAAAUCUGAAUGCUUAUAAUUUAAAGCCAUUUUAUACCAGAACAAGAAAUAAUGUAGAAUUUCAGAUCAAUGAUUUUUUUAAAAAAAUUGUACUGUAUAACUUAAUGGAACAAUGUCUAUCAAAAUAAUCCUCAGUGUAGAAGCCAAAUGCCAUCAGAGUAGAAGAGCCUCUAAUUUCAGGAUAACAAGAAAAUAACACUUUCACCAGCUAUCAAUCUCAAGAGGUGUUUCUGUUGCUCAGCUUACGAAAUACUUGGAAAUUGCUCCUGAAAUACAGAUGCAUGGCUGUACCAUAAACACACAGCUAAGUAAAUCCGGUGUUUCUAUAUAACGCUAAGGCAUUUCUUCAACAAAUAGGACUAGCAGAGGAGGCAAUCCAUUGCUUUGCUUACAUCUCUUGCCCAAACAUUGUUCCAGUAGGGCUCACGCAGCAGAAUUUCCCUGCGGAAACUCGCACACAAAAACGAGAAAGCGUUGAGCUGGCCAGUAAAGGAUCUUUCAGCCCAUGGAGCUGUCCACUUGGUGUAGUGCUGAAAUGCUUAUUCUCUAGUUGCGCACAGCUGCAAAUCUGGAAGCGCCAAAUGUGGGGGUUUUUUUAGAUAUUUGAGAAGUCCCACUGAGAAACUUGCUUUCUGUCAUUUCCCCCCUUUCCCCCUCCUUUCACACAACAUACUUAAAUACUAUCUGGUAGACUCCUAUUCACUGAGCAGGAAUUAGGAGCCCAGAUUAAAAGCAGGGACUCCUGGUUGUUACAUAUCUUUCAUCCAUGGCGGUGUUCUCUUUGAAGACCAGGAAAUGUGAUCCCAUGUUUCUGCUUCUGAUUCCUUCCUUUUACUGAGGGAUAGGCAACAUGAUGCCAUCCAGAUGUUGUUGAACUCCAACUCCCAUCAUUUCUAUUAGCCAUGCUGGUUGGGGAGAUGAUGAUGAUGAUGAUAACAACAACAACAACAACAACAGUAAUAAUAAUAAUAAUAAUAAUAAUAAUAAUAAUAAUAAUAAUUUAUUUAUAGCCCGCCCAUCUGGCUGGGUUUCCCCAGCCACUCUGGGUGGCUUCCAACAGAACAUUAAAAUAGAAUAACCUAUUAAACAUUAAAAGCUUCCCUAAACAGGGCUGCCUUCAGAUGUCUUCUAAAAGUCUGGUAGUUGUUUUUCUCUUUGACAUCUGGUGGGAGGGCAUUCCAUAGGAUAGGGCGGGUGCCACUACUGAGAAGGCCCUCUGCCUGGUUCCCUAUAACUUGGCUUCUCGCAGCGAGGGAACCACCAGAAGGCCCUCGGGACUGGACCUCAGUGUCCGGGCAGAACGAUGGGGGUGGAGACGCUCCUUCAGGUAUACUGGACCGAGUCGGUGUCCAACAACAUUGGGAAUGCACCAUGUUGACUACCCCAAUUCACUCACUCAUUCUGUUUGUUAUCAACUUUCCCCCCAGAGUGACCCAAAGUGACUUACAUUAAAACCAAUUAAGAAUAUCCAGUAAAAAUCUAAAAACACACACAUCUGAUUUGGAUGGCAUCAUGCUCUGUAUUUUGGCUCCUGUUGGACUGCUAUGUUAAUAUUUUCGUUCUUUGACCUCUAGGAUAGCAUCGGUGACCCUCUGGUUUGCAAUGAGAAUGGGACGUGGUUCUUGGCGGGCAUCUCCAGCUUUGGAAAGGGCUGUGGGACUGUGGUCCGUCCAGGUGUUUACACAUCAGUCAGUAGCUUUCAGGAGUGGAUCAUGCAACUGUCCUGGUCUGCUUACUAUGAUGUGCAGAAGCCUCCUAUUCCAGUGGUCAAUGACACGGAAACCUGCAUGCAAGAGUUUCUUUCAAGUAAGGAGCAGCAAUCUUGAAUAUCCUUGUGGUGGUGGGGUGGCAGUUCACAGAAUCAACAGGGACCUUUCAGUACAAUUCAGAAUCCAUGGGCAUGCAUCCCUGUCUCAGAAGCAGUACUAAUCUCUGGAUGUAACCUGCACCCAUGAAUGCACUGAUUCACCUUAUCAUCAAGAGGACAUUGGCACAAGACAUUGAAAGUGUUGUUACACCACUUUAACAAUCAUGGUUUCCCUCAAAGGAGACUGGGAACUGUUGGUUGUUAAGGGUGCUGCUUAGAGUUUUUAGGAGACCCCCUAUUCCUCUCAAAGAGCCACCAUUCUCAUAGUACCCCAGGAAGAGAAAUUGGUUAUUAAACAGAUAGCCCAGUACAAUGGCUAGCGCUGGUUGGCAGAUGAGAAGGAAAGCCAAAGGCUGCUCAUCUCUCAGCAGAGCAGAGCUCUGCUUCCCUUCUCUCUCUCUCUCUCUCUCUCUCUCUCUCUCUCUCUCUGUAACCUGCAAGAGUUAAAGCUGGAGGUGCAGCAACAAAGCUUCCCCAGCCAAAUUUCUGCCUGCCUGGUCACUUUUAUAAGGAUGGCAGCCCUGCUCAAGAGGGCUACAUUUGCACCCCAUCCUAUCUCCUGCACUCAAAGCAUGCCUUCAAUGUUUCUUUCUGUCCCCUAAAGAGCUCACAGUCUAAGCCACCCUGGCAUUCUUUCCAGAUUCCCCACACCUUGAGUAUGAAAGGCACUGGAUUGUUUCCAGCCAAGUCCUACUCAGAGUAGACCCGCUGAAAGCAAUGAACCCAGACUAGUCACAUCCAUGGACUUCAGCCAGUAGGGCAGGCCUAGGAUACAAUCCAUUGCCUUCCUCUUUCUAAAUCCCAUCUCCUGAAGCUAUAGGAGUAAAUAAACUUAGGCUGCUUCUAUUUUUUUCAGGAUCAAGGGACAAAACACUGACACGGAACAGACCAAACUUGGCUGAAUGAAAAAUUUGGUGGCAUCCCUUCUCGUCCGCCUCUGGUUCUGCCUCUCACUCAAGAAAUGAUCUGAGAACAUUGCUGGCUCCCACCACACAGCAGAGUCUGGGGAGGUGGGCUCAUUCCAGCUACCAGACGGACAGUUCUUUGUUCCUAUCUCAGAACAAUCCAGGCGGCUGUAUUUUGCUUUGUCGGGGAGAGGGGAACGACACCCAUCACACCUGAUGCCAACCCUGCAAAAUAACACUAAGAGCCCUGCCAUGCUGGGCAAAAUGGAGCGGGGCAGAAUAUAGCAAGAUGCAAUUGCUUCUCGGGAUAUUUCCCCUCUCCUUUCCUAGACUGCAUAAUUGGAACCAAGAGGCCAGCCAGGUGCUCAGACAAUAAGGCUGGCCUUGGACAAGCCACCCCCUUCAACCUACUUCACAGGUGUGUUGCGAAGGAUAAAGUGAGGCAGGUAUAUGAGGACCCUCAGAGCAAGGCCAGAAACCUGCCACUUCCAUAACUGUCUGCUUCGGGGGGGGAAAGACAGACUCACAGCGCCAAACUCGAGACCUUGUCCAGGUCUGGAGUGAAUCUGAAUUAGCAUCGUAACAGGUUGGGUAUGAAAAUUUAUUUAUGUGAUGAAAUCCAGCUUCUAAUCUGCAAGCGUAGCUGCGUUUUUCAGAAGGCAGAGUACGGCUUGACUCAGAAGUAUGAGGAGGCAACAGGCCAACAUUCCUUUGCACAGGUGGUUUUCCUUGUUCUGUGCUGAACUGCUGCCCACCUUUGCCAAGGGAAUUCUAGCAGGGCGGCAGGGCAGGGGAUAUACAGCACCUCUUACCGGUUUUUCUAGUAAUUAGGGGGUUUUAUUCUGUUUAUUUAAAUCAUCCAUACAUAUGGUGUGACACUACUAAACCAAAUUUCAGAUUUCUAGCUAGGUGGAAAUAGUACUCUCAGUAGUCAUUCACCUAUAGCAUAAUCAAAUGUACAUACUUCCUUCGAGGGCCCAAGAGUCGGUGUUUUAGUAUCUCAGAAACCCUUUAGUGUAGACUGGCUAAGAGACUGAAUUUGGUAAUCGUACAAUUGACAGAGAUGAAUGCGUGUGGCUGUGUGUGUGUGCACAUUUAUCUUAAUACUUCAUUGUACAAAAUAAAUUAUUUGAAGGUGUGGAACAUUUUCAAGAGAUCCACUCUUCCAUUUCUAUGCCUAAGCAGAGAACACAGGCAUUUAUGCUCAGAACAGAUUUGAAAGUUUCACCUGGGAGGUACCAGGCACAGCAACGUUUCACUGGCGACACCGCAGUUGUCGAAUUCUCUCCUGGGGAAGAUCCAACACUGUUUUUACACUACUGCUGGUUUUUUGUUUUUUUUUCUAUUCUGGAAGGCAUGCUAUUUUAUCUUACAAUCAUUUUUGAACUUUUUAAUAUGGUUUUAAUACUGCUGUGUUUUUAUAUAUAUUUAUACUUGAUCAACCAGAUGUUGCAUGUUGUUAUAUUUUGGUGUCUUUCAGUAAUGCUUCAAACAAUUGUGUGGGAAAGGGGGUAAUAAAUAUUUUUGAAAAUCC